AUGAUCAUCCGACAACAACUCCAGCAUGCAUUGCGCUCCUUCAGCUCAUCGGCGUCUGCAUCGGCGGCGUAUGUCUCCAACAUUGGCAAAACCCCAAUAUCCUUCCCAGCUGGCGUAACGCUGACACCGUCAUCCACUGCCCUCUGUGUGCAGGGACCUUUGGGCACGACAUCUGUUCCUCUCCAACCUUAUAUGGAGCUGUCCUUCACAGACACGAACACCGUCGCAUUAACUGUCGCAGAUGCCUCGGAGAAGAAGCAGCGGUCCAUGUGGGGACUCACACGAACACUCAUUUACAACGCCAUCGUCGGGAUGACAGAGGGUUUCAAAGUGCCACUGUAUCUCGUUGGUGUAGGAUAUCGUGCUGCACUUGAAGCAGAUCCACGAGGUGCAGGUGACGGCCGCAGCGGCCAGCGACUGAACAUGAAGCUCGGCUUUUCGCAUCCCGUCUUCGUGUCCGUUCCCGAUCACAUCAAGGCCGAAGUACCACUCCCGACGAAGAUCAUGCUUAGUUGCACGGACAAGCAUUUGUUGGGGCUCUUCGCGGCGAAGGUCAGGAAGUGGAGGCCACCAGAACCGUAUAAGGGCAAGGGGAUUUUUGUGGGGGAGGAAAGAGUCAGGAUAAAGACAGUCAAAAAGAAAUGA